AUGGCGACAGAAGACGUAACAGUGGAGCUGGGAAUCCAGAGCCCCUCAACAGACAAGGCACCUGAAGGUGCUGCAGGCCAAGUGUCCCCAGCUGUGGAGAAAGACCCUGUUCCCCCAGACCCAGAGAAGGACCCCGGGCCCUCAGACCCAAAGAAAGAUCCUGAUCCAGCCACCCUGAAGACAGACGCCGAAAGCCCUGCUCCAGAAAUAGGGGAUGUUGCCCCAGUUCCACCAUCACCCAGCAGCCAGGGUCCCCAAGGAGAGGCUGGCCAGGAUGGGGGAGCUGCAGAAGGCGGUGUUGGGCAGCCAGCGGCCCUGCCCGAGCAGACUGCAACAGCAGAGGCCAGUGAGCAGAAGCUGGAGGCCAAGGAAAUCCCCUCAGGUCACCAGGACCCUGAAGAGCCCACAGUGGGCAGGAAGGCAGCAGAGGACCACGUGGCUGCUAGGAGAGGCUCACCUGCAUUUCUGCACAGCCCCAGCUGCCCCGCUGUCAUCUCAAGCUCUGAGAAGCAGCCCCCCCAGCAGCCCCUCAGUGAGGUGUCCGAGCUCAUCUUUGAAGGGGUGACCCUCGCCCCCACAGAUCCCGGGUCAGCCGAUGCAGAAGGAGCAAAGAACGAGCUGGCGGAGAGCCAGAAGGAAGCAGGAGAGAAAGCCCCAGGCCACACUGGCCAAGAUGGCCAGGUGAAGGUGCAAGAGGACACCGCCAGUGGGAUGGAGUUCCAGGCUGUUCCCUCGGAGAAACCGGAGGUGGGGCAGGCCCUUGGCCUCCCAACCAGAGAGGAGGACUGCUUCCAGAUUUUAGAUGACUGCCCACCACCCCCAGCCCCGUUUCCCCACCGCAUUGUGGAGCUGAGAACCGGAAAUGUCAACAGUGAAUUCAGCAUCAACUCCAAGGAGGCGCUGGGAGGAGGCAAGUUUGGAGCAGUGUGUACCUGCACAGAGAAAGCCACAGGCCUCAAGCUGGCAGCCAAGGUCAUCAAGAAGCAGACCCCCAAAGACAAGGAAAUGGUCAAGCUCGAGAUUGACGUCAUGAACCAGCUGAACCACCGCAACCUGAUCCAGCUGUACGCGGCCAUUGAGACGCCGCAUGACAUCAUCCUGUUCAUGGAGUACAUCGAGGGUGGCGAGCUGUUCGAGAGGAUCGUGGACGAGGACUACCAGCUCACCGAGGUGGACACCAUGGUGUUUGUCAGGCAGAUCUGUGAUGGGAUCCUCUUCAUGCACAAGAUGCAGGUGCUGCACCUGGACCUCAAGCCAGAGAACAUUCUGUGUGUCAACACUACGGGCCACUUGGUGAAGAUCAUUGACUUUGGCUUGGCACGGAGGUAUAACCCCAACGAGAAGCUGAAGGUGAAUUUUGGGACCCCAGAGUUCCUGUCGCCCGAGGUGGUGAAUUACGACCAAAUCUCCGAUAAGACAGACAUGUGGAGUUUGGGGGUUAUCACCUACAUGCUGCUGAGCGGCCUCUCUCCUUUCCUGGGAGAUGACGACACGGAGACCCUGAACAACGUGCUCUCCGGCAACUGGUACUUCGACGAGGAGACCUUCGAGGCCGUGUCAGACGAGGCCAAAGACUUCGUCUCCAACCUCAUUGUCAAGGAGCAGGGGGCCCGGAUGAGUGCUGCCCAGUGUCUCGCCCACCCCUGGCUCAACAACCUGGCGGAGAAAGCCAAGCGCUGUAACCGACGUCUCAAGUCCCAGAUCUUGUUGAAGAAAUACCUCAUGAAGAGACGCUGGAAGAAAAACUUCAUCGCUGUCAGCGCCGCGAACCGCUUCAAGAAAAUCAGCAGCUCCGGGGCCCUGAUGACUUUGGGGGUGUGA